UAACUAUAUAUACACCUAACCCACCCCCAACAAACAAGUCUCCCCACCAAAAUCAGUUUUCAAAAACUUCCCCGAACUUCUCUCACCUGAAAACUUAUCAAAACUCUCCAAAAACCUGCAAAAAAAAAAAAAAAAAAUGACUCUCAGUGGAAUUCCGUUGGCUACAUCGGAUCUCCAAGUCGGCGACGGAGGCCGGAAGAAUUCGACAAUGAUUUGCGCUCCGUUGAUGGCGGACUCCGUCGAUCAGAUGCUCAUACAGAUGCGAAAGGCCAAAGAGCUCGGUGCGGAUCUCGUUGAGGUUCGAAUUGACAGUUUGAAGAACUUCAGUUCUCAACGAGAUCUCGAAAUUCUCGUAAAACAGUGUCCUUUGCCCACUCUAGUCACGUACAGACCAACAUGGGAAGGUGGUCAGUAUGAUGGGGACGAAACCAGUCGACAGACUGCACUGCGGCUAGCCAUGGAAUUGGGUGCUGAUUAUAUUGAUGUGGAACUUAAGGUGGCUGAUGAAUUCUACAAUUCCAUUAAAGGCAAGAAGCCUGAAAAGGUCAAAAUCAUUGUUUCUUCUCACAACUAUCAAAAUACUCCAUCCAUCGAGGAAAUUGGCAAUCUUGUUGCAAGAAUACAGGCUACAGGAGCUGACAUAGUGAAGAUUGCAACAACUGCCUUAGACAUCACCGAUUCAGCACGUAUUUUUCAAGUACUUGUGCAUUCUCAAGUACCAACAAUAGGAAUUGUCAUGGGUGAAAGGGGCUUGAUAUCACGGAUACUUUGUGCCAAAUUUGGUGGAUUUCUCACUUUUGGUUCUCUUGAUGAAGGAGUGGUAUCAGCUCCAGGGCAACCAACCAUAAAAGAUUUGUUGGAGUUGUACAAUUUCAGACAGAUAGGGGCUGAUACCAAAGUACAUGGUGUUAUUGGAAAACCUAUUGGACACAGCAAAAGUCCUCAUCUAUAUAACGCAGCAUUUAAGUCAGUCAAAUUUAAUGGAAUUUAUUUGCCUCUGUUGGUAGAUAGUGUUGCAAACUUUCUCAACACCUAUUCGUCUCCUGAUUUUGUGGGUUACAGUUAUACAAUUCCACACAAGGCAGAUGGACUUAAAUGCUGUGAUGAGAUCGAUCCAAUUGCCAAGGAAAUAGGAGCUAUUAGUUGCAUGAUCAGGAGACCAAAUGAUGGGAAGUUGAUGGGUUAUAAUGUUGACUAUCUUGGAGCUAUUGGAGCUAUUGAGGAAGCACUAGGAGGUUCCCAAGGAUCUGUUUCACCCCUAUCUGGUAAACUGUUUGUUGUAAUUGGAGCUGGUGGUGCUGGAAAGGCACUUGCUUAUGGUGGAAUGGAAAAAGGUGCAAGAGUCGUAGUUGCCAAUCGCACAUAUGAAAAAGCUAAAGAACUUGCCAAUAAAGUUGGGGGAGAAGCUAUUACUCUUGCUGAAUUAGAAGAUUUCCAUCCAGAAGAGGGGAUGAUUCUUGCUAAUACUACAUCUGUAGGAAUGAAACCAAAAACUGAUUUGACACCCUUAUCUAAGAAAGCUUUGAGUUAUUACUCCUUAGUUUUUGAUGCCAUCUACACACCAAAAUGGACCAGACUCUUGCAAGAAGCGCAAGAAUCAGGAGCCAAAGUUGUGUUUGGGACAGAGAUGUUCAUCAAUCAAGCAUUUGUACAGUUUGAAAGGUUCACUGGCUUGCCCGCACCAAAAGCACUGAUUAGGGAAACUCUCGCGAAAAACACAUAAGUAGCUGCUUUCUUUAUCUCCGCUUACAGCUGGAUGGAUACUUACCGAUUACAGCUAUAAUUCAUUUCGGUCUAUUAGUUUUGUUGUUUAGUUUUCGAGUUUUUCUGUUGUAUAAUCAUUUCCUACUUCAUUUAUGAAUGAAACUGAAGGUGAAUCCUUUGUUCAAAUCAUAUUUGGAAUAUUAGAGCAUGGCUGCAGGAAGGAACCAUGGUAACAUAUUUGUGUAGCCAGCUGCAAAAUGUUGGGAUAAUAUUUUUGGCAUGUGCAAUGAGAUUCUUCACUUUGAUACAA